GUAUUGAGUAGAGUUGGGAAGCAACAGAUGGAGGAAAGCAUUUGAUCACAGGAGUACAGCAAUUGGAGAAAAUUUGAUUGUGCAACUCUAAAGGAAAGUCCUACCUGUUGUGUGGUUAAUGGUGUUCAAGAUGAAUCUGGAAAAGCUCAGCAAACCUGAACUACUGACACUAUUUAGCAUUCUUGAAGGAGAGCUAGAAGCCCGAGAUCUUGUCAUAGAAGCCUUAAAGGCCCAGCACAGAGAUGCUUUUAUUGAAGAACGUUAUGGAAAAUACAAUAUAAGUGACCCACUGAUGGCUCUUCAGCGGGAUUUUGAAGCAAUGAAGGAAGAGAAUCAUGGAGAUAAGCAACCUGUUUGUGCCAAUCCCUUGUCUGUCCUAAAGGUAGUGAUGAAACAUUGCAAGAAUAUGCAGGAGAAAAUGUUGUCUCAGUUAGCUGCAGCAGAAAGCAGGCACAGAAAGGUAAUCUUGGAUCUUGAAGAAGAGAGGCAGCGACAUGCCCAAGACACUGCUGAAGGGGAUGAUGUCACAUACAUGCUGGAAAAGGAACGAGAACGGCUUACACAACAGCUGGAAUUUGAAAAGUCCCAGGUGAAGAAGUUUGAGAGAGAGCAAAAGAAGCUAUCUAGUCAGCUGGAGGAGGAACGAGCACACCACAAGCAGCUUUCUUCCAUGCUUGUGCUGGAAUGCAAGAAAGCCACAGCCAAAGCUGCAGAGGAGGGGAAGCGGGUUGAGGAAAUUAGUUUGAAGCUGGAGAAAGAAAGAAGCAAAGUGAGCCAACUGGAGGAGGAGCUGGCAGCCAAGAAGAAGAGGGGCUUGCAAAUGGAGGCACAAGUAGAGAAGCAGCUGUCUGAGUUUGACAUUGAACGAGAACAGUUAAGGGCCAAGCUGAACCGGGAAGAGAAUCGCACCAAGGCUCUGAAGGAAGAAGUAGAGAAUUUGAAGAAAACCCUAAAAGAGCUAGAGGCUGCUCAGAAAGAAAUCAGCAGCCAAGCUAAGAGCAUACCAUCCAGUAUCUCAGUGGUGUCUAUAGCAACUGCUACAGAAUGUUCUUCUGUUAGGUCAGUAGCUUGCCAAACAGAAAGUUCCUUGGAAGAGAAUGCUAGCCAGGGAAGUACAGGAAAAUUGGCACACUUGUUAACACCCACCUCUGCCACAGCUGCCCACUCUUAUGCUAAAAUAAAUGGGCAUUGUGAUCCUGAUACACAGACAAGUGGAGAACCACAUGAGCUCACCAUAGAGAGCCUGCAAAGGGUGAAGCCUGCAGGGUCAACUGUUGAGAAUGCUGUAGAAAACAGUAGCUCCCCUAUAAGAACAGAAUCACCUGCCUCUUGUGUUCCACCACUCCCUUCCUGUGGGAUGUCCUUAUCCCCUAGCAACACAGGUUCUUCAUCUUUGACUUCCUCCCCUUGUUCUUCCCCAGUGAUGACCAAACGUUUGAUUGGUGCUUCAGCCAGCAGUCCUGGCUAUCAGUCUUCCUACCAAGUUGGAAUCAACCAGCGCUUCCAUGCUGCUCGUCACAAAUUCCAGUCUCAAGCAGAUCAGGAUCACCAGUCAAGUGGCCUCCAGAGUCCUCCAUCCAGGGAUUUGUCACCCACCCUUAUGGAUAAUUCUGCUGCCAAGCAGCUUGCUCGCAAUACAGUCACUCAGGUCCUCUCCAGGUUCACCAGUCAACAAGGCCCUAUCAAGCCAGUCUCUCCUAACAGCUCACCUUUUGGCACAGACUACCGAAACUUGGCCAGUGCCAUGAGCCCCAAAAAUGAGACAAGCCCAGGGAAGGUCUCAAGCCCUCUAAGUCCAUUAUCUCCAGGAAUUAAAUCACCAACCAUACCCAGAGCAGAAAGAGGGAAUCCUCCACCAAUACCUCCAAAGAAACCUGGACUGGCUCCUUCUCCAGCCACUCCCACCCCACCAACUAAAACCUCUUCUCAGGCAUCCUCUCUGGGGUCACCUGUGGACUUGGCAAGCAGUUGCUCAAGCAAUGCUGUUGUAGCCAAUGGGAAAGAUAUUGAGAUCUUGUUGCCAACCAGCAGCUAGUCUCUGGGAAAAUAUUACAUUCCUAGUAUUUGCCAUUCCUAACACUGUCUUAUCCACUCCAUGUUAUUUAUUUGAGUAAUAGCAGAAUUGUAUAACUCAGUUUUUUUCUUUUAUUUUAUAGUAUGUAGAGAAUUAUGCUUUUUAUGUACAAACCUUUAACGCUAAAGCCUCAAAAGGUGUCUCGUGGCAGCAGGCACAUCAAAUGAGAAAACUAUCUCUGUGCUGGGAGAUAACCAGCAGACUAUGAAAAUGCUCAUUUUUAAAUCAUGCUGAGUACACUCCAUGCAAACCUCCAUUCCAGACAGACCUUUUUUAAAAAGUGCCUGAGCUUAAGCCCGCAGAUUUGAAUGUGAUUCUUUGUAAAUCCAGAAGGAAUCAUCUGACUGCAAAAAGCACAGUUUCUCUAUGAAUCAUGAAUGUUGAAAACAAGACUGUUGAUUUUUUUCCUGAUCGUUUUAUUAAAUCUAUGCUAUGAAAAGGAAGUGUUCCAAAGGUGUGACCACUAGUCUGGUCAAUUGUUUCCCUGAUAUUAACAUAAGUUAGUUUUAUGUAGUGCUACAUUGUUAGGUGCACUUUGGCCCUGUUGCUGAGCUUUAUGCAACUUGUUCCUUUCCUACAUUAUAAAACGUUUUAAACGAUUUUUUUUUUAAUUUUGGGAGCUUUAAACAAUCAGUGCCAGUUCUUUCCCACCAACUAUCCAUUCCUAACAUUUCUCUCUCCAUAGAGAUUAAAUAGACUAGAAGAAAUCUUGAAGUGCUGUGUCUGUUGUAAUAUUCGUGCACUCUGCUGUUGUAUGUACAGCAAGAUUUGAGUCCAGUGGCACCUGAGAGACCAACAAGAUUUUCAGAUUGUAAGCCUUCAAGAGUCAGACCUCCCUUCUUCAGGAGCUCUGACUCUAGAAAGCUUAUACUCUGAAAAUCUUGUUGGUCUCUUAGGUUCCACUGGACUCAAAUCCUGCUGUUCUACUGAGAUCAACACGGCUAUCCACCUAAACUACUGUUGUAUGUAGAACUUCUGAGAGAAGUAUCUUUUGCUUGAUAAAGAUCAUAAUUUUACUUGAAGUGAGAAGAGGCUAGUCUGUUCUAUACAGGUUUUUUGCAUUGGUAAGGUAGGAUUUAUACUAGAUGAUCCAAAGCAAUAACUUAAAAGUUGUUCCAUAUGAUGAUGCUUUCUCAAGCUAACAUAGGUUUUGCUGACUAAGUUGUUUGCUUCUUGAUGACUGCUGUCAUCUUGAGCUGCAGAAACCAAAUCAUUAACUUUUCAUAUAAAGAAACUCAUGUAUACAUGUAGAGUUGGGGAGCACAUGUAUGUUAUGCACACAAACACAUUUAUUUAAAUCGUACUGUAAUUAUAUUGAGAUAUUUCAUAGCUCAUAAAAAUGAGGAAACACUUAUAUGAUAAAGUUGCUACUUAAUCUUUAUUUGACCUAAUUUUGGAAAGCUUUUCCUAUAAUGGAUGUUCAAUAAUUGGGGGCCAAUACAGGGCUGGGGGAGGUUUCUAAUCAAUGAAACUUCCUGUUAUAUAUAUGUGUGUGUGUGCGUGCGUGCGUGCGAGAGAGAGAGAGAGAAUUUGUAUAGCCUAGGGCAAAAAUAUGUUCUCCAACCCUCUCUGCAACUCCUCCCCUUCCACCCAAUAAUGUACACUGCUCAUGUCAGACAUUGUGCUAGAUGACUUUGCUCUAAGAUGUUAUAGUAGUGUGUAGUCCAAAGACAAAAAUAAAUAUAAGUAGUCUGGCUAUGAGUAGUGGCAUUUAUACCUUCCCCAAACCAGUCUGUACAAUUAGCAGGCAUUAACCAGUUUUUCCAUAUAAUGUCAGUAUGUAGAGCUCUUGCACAAAAACCAAAGGAUCUUCCACAGGCAUGGACACUUGCUACUUUCAUGUUGAGAUGUUAGAUGAAAGUUCUUGAACCUUUGUGAUCAAUUAAAAUGCUUCAAGACUUCACUGCAUUGCAUAUGGACUAGCCAGUGGUCUUUUCAUUCUUGAUCUGUAUUUGGAAUUGCACACUGCCAUAGAGGCUCCAAAUGUAUCUCUUAAAUUUUGUUCUGUUCACUGGAAUAGACCUCUUGCAAAGAGAUCAUUAUUGUAUGGACACAUAGGAAACAGCUGAUAAGCACACACAUAAUUUGAUUGUCCAGCAUAGGAUUUUUGAAUAAAGAUUACAGCUGAAAUCUUGGUGAGUGGUUUCUUGUCGACAUCACUUCUAACCUUAAACAGAGGAUAUCAUUGCCCUUAAAGUAUUUCCUUGUGUUUACACUAAUUUGUACCCUUUCUUUAUGCUAUGACUCUAUAGAGAUUUUAUAUACAAUAAUGAAUUUUAUUAGGAAAUGCACUGAGUACUGUAUUCUACAGUGGAUUGUGGAGAGGCGCAAUGCAAGAGGAGAUGUGUAUUUUUGCUAGUAGCCUAUAAAGCAAGCACAACUGUUAAAGUGGUUCCUGCUAAUCCAGUAAGACUUCUAGGGUUAGUUUUAAAAUUUUCUGUAGACUUCCGUGUAUGGGGAAAAAAUGAAUAUCUUCUCUGAAUCAUGUGUUGCUAGAAAGGUUUGUCAUUGGCUAACAGGAUUUUAAUGAAGUUCAAACUGUAUAAUCUAGUAUUAAUUAUUCAUUAACAUCUGUAUAUUUGUAAAGUCAAAUGUAUGAAGCAGAAGUCUUUUUACCAUUUUUUAAAAUAGCUGGUAGCAUUAAACGUGUUAAACAUUCAUACUAUCAAUAAAGGGUUUUAUUUUUA